AUGAAUGAAAAGACGCUGUUCUUUCUUUUUCAAAGUCCCUAUGCCAGGUAGUGCUCAAGUACAGUUCUAAGUUUUCCUCUGAAUUGUCUCUUCACUGAGCUCGCUUCAGCUGCUGGGGCGGCAGCAAGUAGAGCACUAAGCUCGUUUUAUUGUUUGAUCUCUGAGUUUCCUGAGACCAGCCAAGAAUUAUUCCUCCUCGCUAUUUUCAGCAGCUUCAUUAUAUUGAAUUUUGAGAACGUUCAAGAGUCCGUCAAUUUCCUCAUUGUUGCAUUCUAGCACCUCACAGAAUGCAAGCCCUCCUUUGCUUAUUCUGGUGUAUGCUUGGAAAGUUUGGUAUCUGCCGUGAUUUGGAUCGCUGCUAUCUCUUUGGGCAUUAAUCUAUCCAAGAGAAGAACUUGGCUCAUGACCUGGAUUCAAAAGACCUGCAAAAACAUCGUCAAAGUCAUGUUCAACGUCUGUGGUGUCAAUGUCUGA